AUGAUGCAGCAGGAGGUAGCAGCUCAGGAGUAUCAGCUUGUUGUUGUUCCUGUAACCCAUUCCAGCGGUCUGCAAUCCCUGACCGCAGAGGUACUCGACUACUCUCCGCCUGAAUGGUCGGACGAUGCCCUGUGCAACCUAUGGCCUGCCAAUUGGGUGGCGCGAGCGGUUGGCGAGACGUGGCGGCACCUCUUGAUCCCCACCGUCCCUGGACAGCUCUUCGCCAUAUGCGCCGGUCUGGUAGCGAUGACGAUAUCCCUGGCACUAGAAGGUAUCAUCAUCGGCAUGCCUCUCGACAUCUUCUGGGCAAUCGUGAGCGUUGAUUAUCCGGGAACGAACAAAAAUGCAGCCAAGGCGGCAACUAUACGCAACUUCCAUUUACCUGAAGAACUUAUCGAGCCACUUUCCUCACCUGCGCAUCCAAGGAACAUGAAAAUUCUCGCAGCAUUCGUCAGCAAGAAGUGGGCAUGGGCUAUAUGCGACAAGUUCGGCCUGACCAGGAUGCACAUACUCACGAAAUCGACCCCAUGGCGUCUGCAGGAUAUUCCUGUGGGAAAAAAAGUGUUCAUCAGCCAUCUUGUUUACAAUAGGGUGUUCAAUGUUAGAUGUGGAACAAGCUAUUCCGUGUGA